AUGCAAUUUGAUAGAUUAGGGCAUAGCGUAGCUCUGUUGUAUCCACAACCAGAGGGCGAAAAUGCUUUCAUCACGUAUCAAUAUUUCGAUUUGUAUUUUAAAAAAUCUUUGCAAUUAGCUUUUGCAAUUCAAGUCGCGCGAUCGAGUAACUGCACUUAUUUAAGAUGUACUUCGACGAGGUUUUAUCGCGAAAUAUGGGAACUUUUAAAUUUCGUGCCUUGUAAUCCAUUGAGCAACAAGUUAUCGAGUUCCAAAACUAAAUCAAUAUGCUACAAGGGAAAGUGCAUUCCUGAAAAAAAAAAUCAAGGAAAAGCCGGUUCAUGGAGUUCUUGGUCGUCUUUGUCAAAAUGUCAAGGAGAUGAUACAAUAGGUUUUGCCCAAAGAACUAGAAAGUGCAACAAUCCGUGGCCAAAGUUCGGUGGGCGUUACUGCCAAGGUGCCAAAAUAAAAUAUGAAGUCUGCCAAAAUGCGUUUAGCAAAAAUAAUAAAAAAAAUCAAGCUCUGUGUACGGAAUAUGAUAAUUCUUCAAUUUAUACAGAAUUAGAUAAUAAACCAUGUUUUCUAUAUUGCUAUUUUAAGCAUAAUAAUAGUGUAGCGAAUAUUGGGAAAGCUGUGGAUGGAACUAUUGUUAGAAUGGAAAACUCUAUGGAUAUGUUUUUUAACGGCGAUAUUAUAUUCACUCUUUGCGUGAACUUAAAUACGCUUAAAAAGUCCUUUUUUGGGACUUCAUCUGCAUCAAAAUGCACCAUACAACCACAACGUCGAUGCUCUCACCCUCGCAGACACUCGGUAAAUUACCAAAUAUAGCUCCAUCGAUUUCACUUGAAAAUUCAUGAUCAUCGCCUGCUACCUCGUAUGUUAACACUUUCGGCGGUAAAGCUCAAUGCUUUUUUAAAGAAUUGAGGAGGCGAAUUCGCGCAAA